AUGUCCUCUUCUAUACCGUAUGAUCCAGAUGAAUUUGACAACAAUCCAUUUUCAGAGCCAGCUCCAUUGCAACAAGAUCAAGAAGCUGAACAUAGUCCAUAUGCUCAAGAUGAGGAACAACCUGAAUCAGAACAGCCUGAAGUAGAUCAACCAGCUUCAGCUCAAGAAGAUCAACCUACACAAAAGAUUAAUGCCGCUGAGUCUUUGGUUCCUGAGCGGUUUGAUAAAAAACAUGAUUACAAAAUAGUUAUCAAAGUGCAGGCAAUUGAAAGAGUUGGGACACUGAGUAAUAAGAAGGAAAACCCAAGUAUCUUAUUUGAUGUUUCAACAAAUCUUCCACAUUUCAGAAAAAAGAAUUACAAAGGUGUCAAGAAAUCAUAUCAGGAAUUUGAAUCGUUUUUCAAAUUUUUAAAUGGUGCUAAUCCAGAGUGUUUCAUCCCAUCAUUACCAUUAUCAUCAACAAAUUAUGGAAUACAAAAUGAAGAAGAUUAUCGUAAAACUAUAUUCAAUUUCCAGACUUGGUUUAAUAGAAUUACAUCAAAUCCAAUAAUCAUUAGAAAUGAAGAAUUUGUGUUUUUCAUCGAAAGUGAUCAUAAUUCAUAUUCACCUAUACACAAGUCCAAAGUCCCAGCUUCAGGAUUGAGGAGAAAAACAUUGAAACAAUUCCAACCACCAUAUGAUGAAGUAUUAGAAUUGGCUGAAUUUAGACCUCUAAUCAAAUCAAUAUAUAAAACAACCACAAACAUACAUACUAAAUUGGAAAAGUUGAGUAAACUGAGAAAAAGCAUGGCUGUUAGUGAAAAUGAAAUGGGUAACCAGAUUGUUGAAUUAAAUGUUUUGGAAAAUUCCCAUCCAGGUAUGCAAAAUAUGUGGAAGAAAUUUGGUAAGACAAUAACGAUACUUGGUGAUUUAGAAUCUGUGAUUGGUAGUCUUGAUUUAGCCACACUUGGAGAUGGUUUAGAAAGCGUCAUUAAUGAUGGGUAUACAAUCAAAGAAGCAUUGACUAAUAGACAUCUAUUGAUGAGGGAUUUGGUCACAGCACAAUCUAAUACUAAAUUGAAACAUGAAAAUGCUAGAAAAUUGAGAAAUAAAAGAGAUAUUAACCCAAUUAAAGUUGAUGAAGCCAUCAGAUCAUUACAAGAGGCAACCAAUUACGAAGAGGAAUUGACAUUAAAGAUCAAGAGAAUCACAGAAAAUAUGUUGAUUGAAAAGAAGGAAUAUUUGGAAUACCUUGAUAUUUUGAUCAAACAGAUCUUGAAAGAAUUCGUCAUCAAAAGAAUAGAGUAUGAAAGAAAAAAACUAUCAAUUUUGGAAAAAGUUAGACUUGACGUUCGUUUAGUUGAUGAGAAUGGUGGAUUAUCAAGACUAGGAAGGGAGAAGUAUCCUUUGAAGAAAUCAGUACAUACACCAAGUCAAGGACCUGAAGGUGAUAGUUGGAGUGGUGAUCGUAAAGUUUCCCAUUUCAGUGAAGAACUAUUAAAAGAGGAUCAAGAACAAGACGCAGAACUUCCAAUUGAAGAAGAUGAACAAGUCGAAUCUGAGGAAGAUGUUGCCAUUGAUGCUAGAAAUGCGGCUUCGUUACUGGGUGGAUCAACUUUCUGA